CUCUUCUCCCCACUUCACACACUCUCGUAUAGUCAGACAACCGCAGCUUUCACGCCGCGUCAUCUUCCUGUCCGCCCUUGAAGUCUCGCCGACCUCCUCACCCGCAUCUUCCGCGACAUCCACGCCAAACCCCGCCGCAAACAAUCACGAGAGCCCGUUGCAGCUUCCAGCCACGUAGCAAACAUGACGCUCUACUACAGUCUUGUCUUCCUCCUCCUCGUGGCCGAGAUGGUCAUCUUCCUCGCCCUUAUCGUCCCGCUGCCGUUUACAUGGCGCCGCAAGCUGUUCACGUUCAUCUCGGAGAGCCCUUUAGUCGCGAAGCUACAAUAUGGCAUGAAGAUUACGUUCAUCUUCAUCCUCAUCCUCUUCAUCGAUAGCGUCAACCGUGUUUACCGCGUCCAGGUCGAACUGUCUGCCUUCUCCAAGAACGAGCGUGGCGGAGGAGCCACGGUCAUGGGUGGAUCCGAGCGCAUGGAAGUACAGGCUCGCAAGUUCUACUCCCAGCGCAACAUGUAUCUCUGCGGCUUCACCCUCUUCCUGUCCCUCAUUCUUAACCGAACCUACGUCAUGAUCCUCGACGUGCUCCGUCUCGAAGAGGAGGUCAAGAAUCUCAAGGGUGAGCCCGCUGGCAAGGGCAAGGGGUCCUCGCUUAAGAACAUCGGCGGUGCUGGCGAGGUCGGUCGUCUCAAGGAGGAGCUUGCAAGCAAAGAUCGCGACAUGGAGAACCUGAAGAAGCAGGUCGAAAAUAUGCAGAAGGAAUACAACCGAAUGGGCGACCAGGUGUCCGGCUCAGGCUCUACUCCCAAGAAGGGUCAGUAGAUGCUGACCCAGUAUCGAAGCUCGAGCAGGCCGGGUCAAGUCCAUCGUGAACGGCAUGUGCUGACGACGUAAAGCCGCGCCAGGGAAAGCGAUCUCUGCUCGGCUGACCGUCAGCAAGAAACGUUGAGGGCGCGCUGGGGCGAGG